AUGGGAAGUUUCAAUACCAGUUUUGGAGAAGGCUUCAUUUUAUUGGGCUUCUCAGACUGGCCUCAACUGGAACCCAUCCUUUUUGUGUUUAUUUCAAUUUUCUACUCAAUUACUCUCUUUGGCAACACCGCCAUCAUCACUCUUUCCCUCCUGGAACCUCAGUUGCACAUGCCCAUGUACUUCUUUCUCUGUCACCUCUCUUUCCUAGACCUUUGCUAUACCACCAGCACUGUGCCCCAGCUUCUGAUCAACCUUCAUGGACCUGACCGGACCAUCACCUAUGGAGGGUGUGUGGUCCAGCUCUUUAGUUCCCUUGCCCUGGGCUCCACUGAGGGUGUGCUCCUUGUUGUGAUGGCCUUUGACCACUAUGCUGCUGUCUGUCAUCCACUCCACUACACAGCCAUUAUGCACCCCCACCUCUGCCAGACACUGGCUAUCGCCUCCUGGGUGGGAGGCUUCAUGAACUCUCUGAUUCAGGCAGGCCUCAUGAUGGCCAUGCCUCUCUGUGGCCUCCGUCUCCUGAAUCACUUCUUUUGUGAAAUGCCUGUACUCCUGAAGCUGGCUUGUGAGGACACAGAAGGAAUAGAGGCCAAGAUGUUUGUAGCUCGAGCCAUAAUCUUGGUUGUUCCUGUAGCACUAACUCUAGGCUCCUAUGUGUACAUUGUUCAGGUGGUGCUGAGGGUCAGGUCAAUGGCUGGGAGAAGAAAGGCUUUUGAGACUUGUGGGUCACAUCUCUUGGUGGUUUCCCUUUUUUAUGGCUCAGCCAUGUAUACAUACCUCCAACCCAAGCACAGUUAUUCUGAUAGUGAGGGAAAGUUUGUGGCCCCUUUUUACACCAUAAUUACCCCCAUGCUCAAUCCUAUAAUUUACACCUUAAGGAACAAGGCUGUGAAGGGGGCUGUGAGGAAGGUACUAAGGAGAGGCAGGUACUAA